AUGAAGGUUCAUGAAACAAGAUCACAUGAUCAUCAUCCACCGGGCGAUGAUGAUGAAAAAAUUAUCAUGACACGGAAACAAAAGGCUGAAAAACAAGAGCAGCAACACUCAAACAAGAAACAGAAAUCUGAAGAAAAACAUAACGGCAAUGCAAACAACAAUAAAUCUUUGCAUGAUGUGGUUAUAGAGUUUGACAAGUUUUGUAAGACUACUAGCCAGCAUCUAACCAUUCAACAGAUGCGAGAAAUACUCGAAGCUAACAACACCGAUACUUCGGGUUCUGAUGAUGAUGCUGUCGUGCCUAAAUGCCAAGAUAUGAUGUUUUACGGGGCGCUAAGAGACUGUCCUGUUUGUGGGGGGAAGGUGGAGUAUGAUGGAAUAAGUUAUAGCUGCAAAGGAUCUUACAGUGACUGGUCUACUUGCACCUACAGCACCAGAGACCAUCCUCGAUCGGACGAGCCUCUCAAUUUCCCUGAUUUCGUCCACAAAUCCGCCAUUUCUGAUUUGUUGCUAAAACAUCAAGAUCCUAAGGGGAGACCAAAGAGGGAGUUAAAGCCUACAGACAAGCCCUUUGCAGGAAUGUUGAUAUCACUAUCUGGUCGGCUCUCACGCACUCAUGAAUAUUUAAAGUCCCAAAUUGAAAAGCACGGCGGAAAAGUAGCUAAUCAUGUUGUCGGGGUUAGCUGUUUAGUUGUGUCUCCAUCUGAGCGAGAUCAAGGAGGCUCAUCGAAAGUUACAGAAGCAUUAGAACGUGGCAUACCUGUGGUACGUGAAGCUUGGUUAGAUGACAGUAUUGAAAAGCAGGAACCACAACCACUGGAUGCUUAUGAUGUUGUCAGUGAUCUUACUGUUGAUGGCAAAGGAAUUCCAUGGGAUAUGCAAGAUCCAAGUCAAGAGGCCCUUGAAUCUUUGAAUGCUGAAGUCAAAAUGUAUGGUAAAAGAGGGGUACAUAAGGAUAGCAAGCUAGACAAAGAAGGCGGUGUCAUCUUUGAAAAGGAUGGGAUCUUGUACAACUGUGCGUUCUCUGUUAGUGAUAGGGGCAGGAAAGUGAAUGAGUUCUGCAUUAUGCAACUUAUUAUGGUGCCAGAGAACCGGUUGCAUUUGUACUACAAAAAGGGCAAGGUUGGUGCUGAUCCGAGAGCAGAAGAAAAAGUUGAAGAGUGGGACAACGUGGACAAGGCGAUUGAGGAGUUCGCUAGACUGUUCGAGGAGCUAACAGGGAAUGAAUUCGAGCCAUGGGAAAGAGAAAAGAAGAUACAAAAGAAGCUUCAGAAGUUUUUCCCAAUUGACAUGGAUGAUGGAUAUGAUGUAAGAUAUGGUGGCUUGGGUCUUAGGCAGCUAGGUGCAGCUGCAGCUCAUUGCAAGCUUGAUCCAAUGGUAGCUAAUUUCAUGAAGGUCUUGUGUAGCCAAGAGAUUUAUAGGUAUGCAUUGAUGGAGUUGGGACUUGAUGUACCUGACCUGCCUAUGGCAAUGCUAACUGAUCUUCAUAUAAAAAGAUGCGAGGAGGUUUUACUAGAAUUUGUGGAGAAACUAAAAUCCACCAAGGAGAAGGAGCAGAGAGCUCGUGCUAUAUGGUCAGACUUCAGUCAGAGAUGGUUCACGCUAUUGCAUUCUUCGAGGCCUUUCAUCUUUAGAGACUAUCAAGAUCUUGCAGACCAUGGUGCAUCUGUACUUGAAACGGUGAGGGACAUAAAUGUGGCCUCGCGAAUUAUAGAAGACAUGAGUGGUGCAACCAUUGAUGACCCGUUGUUUGAUCGGUACAAGAAGUUGGGGUGCUCCAUUUCACCAUUGGAGAAGGAAUCAGAUGACUAUGGGAUGAUUCUUAAAUAUGUUGAAAAAACUUACGAGCCUGUGAAAGUUGGAGAGAUUAGCUAUGGAGUGUCGGUGGAGAACAUAUUUCAGGUGGAAGUGAGUGCAGGGCCUUCAUAUGAUGAAAUUAAAAAGCUGCCAAAUAAGGUUCUUCUGUGGUGUGGUACACGAAGUUCGAAUCUAAUGAGACAUUUGCAUAAAGGAUUCUUGCCUGCAGUAUGUUCACUGCCGGUUUCAGGAUAUAUGUUUGGUAAGGCGAUCGUAUGCUCUGAUGCAGCUGCAGAAGCUGCUCGAUAUGGCUACACUGCUGUUGAUCGGCCAGAGGGGUUUCUAGUUCUAGCUGUAGCUUCUCUGGGGGAUAAGAUUACAGAAUUGACCUCUGCACCUGAGGAUACGAAGUCUCUAGAAGAUAAGAAAGCUGGCGUGAUGGGGUUAGGAAGGAAAAAAACCGAUGAGAAAGAUCAUUUUGUUUGGAAAGACGAUAUCAAAGUCCCGUGUGGUAGCUUGGUUGCCUCUGAUCAUAGAGACAGUCCUCUUGAAUACAAUGAGUAUGCUGUUUAUGAUCCUAAUCAGGUAAUCAUCAGGUUUCUGGUUGGAGUGAAAUUUGAAGAACAAGAUGUGGAGUAUGAAGAAGCUGAUCCUGCUGGUGCCGAUGUGUCCGUGCAGUAA